UCCGGGUCGCGGUCGCUCGGCUCCGGGGCCUCCGGAGGGUGCUGGGAAGGUCGGCGAGCGUCUUUCCAAGUUGCAGAGUGGUGUGGAUCGCUUACUCAUUUCAUUGCCUCGAAGUAGAGGAAAAUCUACAGUUGAAGAUGAGGACAGCAUGGAUGGGCUGGAGACAACAGAAACAGAAAAUAUUGUGGAAACAGCAGAAAUCAAAGAACAGUCUGCAGAAGAGGAUGCUGAAGGAGAAGCGGACAGCAGCAAACAGCCGAUGCCAGCCCUUCAGCGUUCUGUGUCUGAGGAAUCUGCGAGCUCCCUGGUCUCUGUUGGUGUAGAAGCCAAAAUCAGUGAACAACUCUGUGCUUUUUGUUACUGUGGUGAAAAAAGUUCCUUAGGACAAGGGGACUUGAAACAAUUUAGAGUAACGCCUGGAUUUAUCUUGCCCUGGAAAAGCCAAACUUCUAACAAGAAGGACGUUGAUGACAACAGCAAUGGAACCUGUGAGAAAAUACAAAACUCAGCACCACGAAAACAAAGAGGACAGAGAAAAGAACGAUCUCCUCAGCAGAAUAUAGUAUCUUGUGUAAGUGUCAGCACGCAGACUGCUUCAGAUGAUCAGGCUGGUAAAUUAUGGGAUGAACUCAGUCUGGUUGGCCUUCCAGAUGCCAUUGAUGUCCAAGCCUUAGUUGAUCCUACAGGCACUUGUUGGGCUCAUCACCGUUGUGUGGAGUGGUCUCUGGGAGUAUGCCAGAUGGAAGAAUCAUUAUUAGUGAACGUGGACAAAGCUGUUGUCUCAGGGAGCACAGAACGAUGUGCAUUUUGUAAGCACCUUGGAGCCACUAUCAAAUGCUGUGAAGAGAAAUGUACCCAGACGUACCAUUAUCCUUGUGCUGCUGGAGCCGGCACCUUCCAGGAUUUCAGUCACUUCUUCCUUCUUUGUCCAGAACACAUCGACCAAGCUCCUGAAAGAUCAAAGGAAGAUGCAAACUGUGCAGUGUGCGACAGCCCGGGAGACCUCUUAGAUCAGUUCUUUUGUACUACUUGUGGUCAGCACUAUCAUGGAAUGUGCCUGGAUAUAGCGGUUACUCCAUUAAAACGGGCAGGUUGGCAAUGUCCUGAGUGCAAAGUGUGCCAGAACUGCAAACAAUCGGGAGAAGAUAGCAAGAUGCUAGUGUGUGAUACGUGUGACAAAGGGUAUCAUACUUUUUGUCUUCAACCAGUUAUGAAAUCAGUACCAACCAAUGGCUGGAAAUGCAAAAAUUGCAGAAUAUGUGUAGAGUGUGGCACACGAUCUAGUUCUCAGUGGCACCACAAUUGCCUGGUAUGUGACAGUUGUUACCAACAGCAGGAUAACUUAUGUCCUUUCUGUGGGAAGUGCUACCAUCCAGAACUGCAGAAAGACAUGCUUCAUUGUAAUAUGUGCAAAAGAUGGGUUCACUUAGAAUGUGACAAACCAACAGAUCCCGACCUGGACUCUCAGUUCAAAGAAGAGUAUAUCUGCAUGUAUUGUAAGCAUUUAGCAGCUGCUCUGGAUCCAUUACAGCCUGGUGAAGUGGAGAUGGCUGUAGUCACUACAGAUUAUAACAACGAAAUGGAAGUUGAAGGACUUGAAGACCAUAUAGUAUUUCUGGAGCAAGCAGUUAAUAAAGAUGUCGAUGGUCAGGAAUCCACACCUGGAAUUGUUCCAGAUGCAGUUCAAAUACACGCUGGAGAGCAGCAGAGGAGUAAUCCACCAGAAGGUCUUGACACACACAGUCUUCUCAUUUCUGAAUCAUCCCAAGAUAAAAUGAAUCCUGAAUUGGAAAAUAAGAUUUCUCAUGAAGCUGAUGGUGAAAAAAUGGAAAUGCCUUCUAAAGGGUUGCAUAUUGGUGAUGAUCAAAAUGAAAACAAAAUGGAAGUGUCAGAAAAUGUUGAAGUCCUCGCACACCAGGUUGAUGUGUCGCCAGAGGCGCUGCAGUUGUUGGCGGAACCUAAAGUGCUGGCGUCCACGGAAGAGUCAAAGCCUCCCACAUUACUCAGUGAACCUGUCACUGUUCCACCAGAAACGUUAGUGUCCCUGUGCGCGGAAAGUACUUCUGCAUGUUCGAAGGAACAGUUGUCUUUCGAAAGGGUGCAAGAAAAAGUGGAACAGACAGAAAAUUCUGAAUCUUCCACUGCAUGUAUGGACUUGGAAAUGACUCCUGCAGUUGAGAGUUGUGUGAAAGAUAGUUUAUGCCAAGAAGACAAAUCUAUAAAAUUACCAUCUGAGACAGAGUCAUCAUUUCCAUCCUCAGCAGACAUAAGCAAGGCAAAUGUGUCUUCCUCUCCGCCACUGUCUUCAGACUUGCCUUCCCAUGACGUGCUGCCAACUUACCCUUCAGCUCUCCAGGCUUCUGUUGGAAACAUCAUGCCUACAACUUACAUCUCAGUCACUCCAAAAAUUGGCAUGGGUAAACCAGCUAUUACCAAAAGAAAAUUUUCUCCUGGUAGACCUCGAUCCAAACAGGGGGCUUGGAGUACCCAUAAUACAGUGAGCCCACCUUCCUGGUCCCCAGACAUUUCAGAAGGUCGGGAAAUUUUUAAACCCAGGCAGCUUCCUGGCAGUGCCAUUUGGAGCAUCAAAGUGGGCCGUGGGUCGGGAUUUCCAGGAAAGCGGAGACCUCGUGGUGCAGGACUGUCAGGACGAGGCGGCAGAGGCAGGUCCAAAUUGAAAAGUGGAAUUGGGGCAGUUGUCUUACCUGGGGUGUCUGCUGCAGAUCUUUCAUCAAAUAAGGAUGAAGAAGAAAACUCUAUGCACAAUACUGUUGUGUUGUUUUCUAGUAGUGACAAAUUCACUUUGCAUCAGGAUAUGUGUGUAGUUUGUGGCAGUUUUGGCCAAGGAGCAGAAGGAAGGUUACUUGCCUGUUCUCAGUGUGGUCAGUGUUACCAUCCAUACUGUGUCAGUAUUAAGAUCACUAAAGUGGUUCUUAGCAAAGGUUGGAGGUGUCUUGAGUGCACUGUAUGUGAGGCCUGUGGGAAGGCGACUGACCCAGGAAGACUCCUGCUGUGUGAUGAUUGUGACAUAAGUUAUCACACCUACUGCCUAGACCCUCCAUUGCAGACAGUUCCCAAAGGAGGCUGGAAGUGCAAAUGGUGUGUUUGGUGCAGACACUGUGGAGCAACAUCUGCAGGUCUAAGAUGUGAAUGGCAAAACAAUUAUACACAGUGUGCUCCCUGUGCAAGCUUAUCUUCCUGCCCGGUCUGCUAUCGAAACUAUAGAGAAGAAGAUCUUAUUCUGCAAUGUAGACAAUGUGAUAGAUGGAUGCAUGCAGUUUGUCAAAACUUAAGUACUGAAGAGGAAGUGGAAAAUGUAGCAGACAUUGGUUUUGAUUGUAGCAUGUGCAGACCCUAUAUGCCUACGUCAAAUGUGCCUUCCUCAGACUGCUGUGAAUCUUCACUUGUAGCACAGAUUGUCACAAAAGUGAAAGAGCUAGAUCCACCCAAGACCUAUACCCAGGAUGGUGUGUGUUUGACCGAAUCAGGGAUGACUCAGUUACAGAGCCUCACAGUUACAGUUCCAAGAAGAAAACGGUCAAAACCAAAGUUGAAAUUGAAGAUUAUAAAUCAGAAUAGCGUGGCUGUCCUUCAGACCCCUCCAGACAUCCAAUCAGAGCAUUCAAGGGAUGGUGAAAUGGAUGAUAGUCGAGAAGGAGAACUUAUGGAUUGUGAUGGAAAAUCAGAAUCUAGUCCUGAACGAGAAGCUGUGGAUGAUGAAACUAAGGGAGUAGAAGGAACAGAGGGUGUCAAAAAGAGAAAAAGGAAACCAUACAGACCAGGUAUUGGUGGAUUUAUGGUACGGCAAAGAAGUCGAACUGGGCAAGGAAAAACCAAAAGAUCUGUGAUCAGAAAAGAUUCCUCAGGCUCUAUGUCUGAGCAAUUACCCAGCAGGGAUGAUGGGUGGAGUGAGCAGUUACCAGAUAGUCUGGUUGAUGAAUCUGUUUCUGUUACUGAAAACACUGAAAAAAUAAAGAAGAGAUACCGGAAAAGGAAAAAUAAACUUGAAGAAACUUUCCCUGCCUAUUUACAAGAAGCUUUCUUUGGAAAAGAUCUUCUGGAUACAAGUAGACAAAACAGGCUAAGUUUAGAUAAUGUAUCAGAAGAUACAUCUCAGCUUUCAUAUAAAACAAACAUGAAUACAAAUUUCUUGGAUCCUUCCUUGGAUCCAUUACUUAGUUCAUCCUCAACUCCAGCAAAACCUGGAACUCACGGUACUGCUGAUGACCCUUUAGCUGAUAUUUCCGAAGUCUUAAACACAGAUGAUGACAUUCUUGGAAUAAUUUCAGAUGACCUUGCAAAAUCAGUUGAUCAUUCAGGUCUUGAUUUAUGCACUUUCCAGGUUGAGAGCUCACCUUUUCCAUUUGCUGGAAUAGAUAUUGGUCCUGUCGCUGAUGAUCCUUCCUCUUUGCCUCAACCAAGUGUCAGUCAGAACUCACGACCAUUAAGUGAAGAACAACUAGAUGGAAUCCUCAGUCCUGAACUAGACAAAAUGGUCACAGAUGGAGCAAUUCUUGGAAAGUUAUAUAAAAUUCCAGAGCUUGGAGGAAAGGAUGUUGAAGACUUGUUUACUGCUGUGCUCAGUCCUGCAACCACUCAGCCGACUCCAUUGCCACAGCCUCCGCCUCCCCCUGCACCACAGCUGUUGCCCAUGCACAAUCAGGAUGUUUUUUCACGGAUGCCACUCAUGAAUGGGCUUAUUGGACCCAGUCCUCAUCUCCCACAUAAUUCUUUGCCUCCUGGAGGUGGAUUAGGAACUUUCUCUGCUAUAGCACAGCCACCUUACAGUGAUGCCAGGGAUAAAAAUCCAGCUUUUAAUCCAAUGGCAAGUGAUCCUAACAGCUCUUGGACAUCAUCAGCUCCCACUAUGGAAGGAGAAAAUGAUACAAUGUCAAAUGCCCAGAGAAGUACACUGAAGUGGGAGAAAGAGGAGGCUCUGGGUGAAAUGGCAACGGUAGCACCCGUUCUCUACACAAAUAUUAAUUUCCCCAAUUUAAAGGAAGAAUUCCCUGACUGGACUACGAGAGUGAAGCAGAUUGCUAAGCUGUGGAGAAAAGCAAGCUCACAGGAAAGAGCACCAUAUGUGCAAAAAGCCAGAGAUAACAGAGCUGCUUUACGCAUUAAUAAAGUACAGAUGUCAAAUGAUUCCAUGAAAAGGCAGCAACAGCAAGACAGCAUUGAUCCCAGCUCUCGUAUUGAUUCAGAUCUUUUUAAAGAUCCAUUAAAGCAAAGAGAAUCAGAACAUGAACAGGAAUGGAAAUUUAGACAGCAAAUGCGUCAGAAAAGUAAGCAGCAAGCUAAGAUUGAAGCCACGCAAAAGCUUGAACAGGUCAAGAAUGAGCAGCAGCAGCAGCAGCAGCAGCAGCAGCAGCAGCAGCACCAACAGCAACAGCAACAACAGUUUGCUUCUCAACCUCUCCUGGCACAGUCUGGCUCAGAUACACCAAGUAGCGGGAUACAGAGCCCCUUGACCCCUCAGCCUGGCAAUGGAAAUAUGUCUCCUGCACAGUCAUUCCAUAAAGAUCUGUUUACAAAGCAACUACCCAGCACCCCUACUUCUGCAUCGUCAGAUGAUGUGUUUGUGAAACCACAAGCUCCUCCACCUCCUCCAACCUCAUCUCGGAUUUCCAUUCAGGAGGGUCUGUUGCAGUCUCAGACUUCUCAGCCGCCUUCACCACAGAUGUUUUCACCUGGGUCUUCUAACUCCCGACCACCAUCUCCAGUGGAUCCUUAUGCGAAAAUGGUUGGUACCCCAAGACCACCUCCUGGGGCCCAUUGUUUUUCCAGAAGAAAUUCUGCUGCGCUAGUGGAAAAUUGUGCACCUUUAUCAUCAGUAUCUAGGCCCGCUCAAAUGUGUGAGACGACAGCAAAUAGGCCAUCCCCAGUCAGAGAUUUAUGUUCUUCUUCCUCAACAAAUAGUGACCCCUAUGCAAAGCCUCCAGACACACCUAGGCCUGUGAUGACAGAACAAUUUCCCAAACCCUUGGGUCUACCCCGGUCCCCUAUAGUUUCGGAACAAACUGCUAAAGGUCCUCUAGCAGCUGGAACCAAUGAUCAGUUUACUAAACCACCUCCUAGGGCAGAUGUAUUUCAAAGACAACGGAUACCUGACCCAUAUGCACGACCCUUGUUGACACCUGCACCUGUUGAUAGUGGUCCUGGACCUUUUAAGACUCCAAUGCAGCCCCCUCCAUCCUCCCAGGAUCCUUAUGGAUCAGUGUCGCAGGCACCAAGGCGAUUGUCUGUUGACCCUUAUGAAAGGCCUGCUUUGACACCAAGACCUGUAGAUAACUUUUCUCAUAACCAGUCAAGUGAUCCAUAUAGCCAGCCUCCCCUAACCCCACAUGCAGCAAUGAAUGAAUCUUUUGCCCAUCCUUCAAGGGCCUUUUCCCAGCCUGGAACCCUAUCAAGGCCAACAUCUCAGGACCCAUAUUCCCAACCCCCAGGAACUCCACGACCUGUGGUAGAUUCUUAUCCUCAACCCUCAGGAACAUCUCGCUCCAAUCCAGACCCUUAUUCUCAACCUCCUGGAACUCCCCGGCCCACCACGAUUGAUCCAUAUAGUCAGCAGCCACCAACCCCAAGGCCAUCUACACAGACAGACUUGUUUGUUACAUCUGCAACCAAUCAGAGACAUUCUGAUCCAUAUGCUCAUCCUCCUGGAACACCAAGACCUGGAAUUUCUGUUCCUUACUCUCAGCCACCAGCAACACCAAGGCCAAGGAUUUCAGAGGGUUUUCCUAGGUCUUCAAUGACAAGACCAGUGCUUAUGCCAAAUCAAGAUCCUUUCCUGCAGGCAGCACAAAGUCGAGGAGCAGCUUUAUCUGGCUCAUUGAUAAGGCCACCUGAGGUAUGUUCCCAAACACCUAGGCCACCUGGACCUGGUCUUUCAGACACGUUUAGCCGUGUUUCCCCAUCUGCUGCUCCUGACCCCUGUGAUCAGCCUCCACUGACUCCAAGAUCUCAGUCUGACUCUUUUGGAACAAGUCAAGUCGCUCAUGAUGUUGCUGAUCAGCCAAGGCCUGGAUCAGAGGGGAACUUCAGUGCACCUUCAAACUCUCCAAUGAAUUCUCAAAGCCAACAGUUUUCCGGUGUCUCCCAACAGCCUGGACCUGUACCAACUUCAGGGGUCACUGAUACACAGAAUACUGUAAAUAUGUCUCAAGCAGAUACAGAGAAAUUGAGACAGCGGCAGAAGUUGCGUGAAAUCAUUCUCCAGCAGCAGCAGCAGAGGAAGCUGGCAGGUCGGCAGGAGAAAGGGUCGCAGGAUCCAGCAGCAGUGCCUCAUCCGGGGCCCCUGCAGCACUGGCAGCCGGAGAGCAUCAGCCAGGCUUUUAGUAGGCCUCCACCCCCCUAUCCUGGGAGCAUGAGGUCGCCUGCUGUCCCUUCUCUAGGACCUAGAUAUGCUGUUUUCCCAAAAGAUCCGCGUGGACCCUAUCCUCCUGAUGUUACUGCUAUGGGGAUGAGACCUCAUGGAUUUAGAUUUGGAUUUCCAGGAGGUAGUCAUGGUACUCUGUCAUGUCAAGAACGCUUCCUUGUGCCUCCUCAACAAAUACAAGGAUCUGGAGUUCCUCCACAGCUGAGAAGAUCACUAUCUGUAGAUAUGACUAGGCCUUUAAAUAAUUCACAAAUGAGUAAUCCAGUUGGACUCCCUCAGCAUUUUUCACCACAGAGUCUGCCAGUUCAGCAGCAUAACAUACUGGGUCAAGCAUUUAUUGAAUUGAGGCAUAGGGCCCCUGAUGGAAGGCCACGGCUGCCCUUCACUGCUUCUCCUGGCAACGUUAUAGAGGCACCUUCUCACCCAAGACAUGGAAACUUCAUUGCUCGGCCAGACUUUGCAGGCCCUAGACACACAGACCCCAUGAGACGCCCUUCCCAAGGUCUACCUAAUCCACUGCCUGUACAUCCAAAUUUGGAACAAGUGCCACCAUCUCAGCAAGAGCAAGGUCAUCCUGUCCAUUCAUCUUCUAUGGUCAUGAGGUCUCUGAGUCAUCCCUUAGGUGGUGAAUUUUCAGAGGCUACUUUAUCAUCAUCUACACCAGCUGAAACAACAUCUGAUAAUUUACAGAUAACCACCCAGUCUUCCGAUGGUCUUGAAGAAAAACUUGAUUCUGAUGAUCCAUCUGUAAAAGAACUAGAUGUUAAAGACCUUGAGGGAGUUGAAGUCAAGGACUUGGAUGAUGAAGAUCUUGAAAAUUUAAAUCUAGAUACUGAGGAUGGCAAGGGAGAUGAAUUGGAUACUUUGGAUAACUUGGAAACUAAUGAUCCCAAUCUGGAUGACCUCUUAAAGUCAGGAGAAUUUGAUAUCAUUGCAUAUACAGAUCCAGAACUCGACCUAGGAGAUAAGAAAAGCAUGUUUAAUGAGGAACUAGAUCUUAACGUUCCAAUUGAUGAUAAGUUAGAUAAUCAGUGUGUAUCUACUGAACCAAAAAAAAAGGAACAAGAAGACAAAGCUGUGGUUGCUUCUGAUAAACAUUCUCCUUGGAAAAAAUCCACUGUUACCAGUGAGAUAAAAACAGAAGUACUGUCUCCAAAUUCUAAAGGGGAAACCAAAUGUGAAAGUGAGAGAAGUGAUGAGGGUAAAGAUAAUGUUGACACUCCCUGCUCACAGGCUUCUGCUCACACAGACGUAAAUGAUGGAGAAAACCCUUCCCUGCAGUCUUGUGAUACAGAUUUACUUGAGAAAAGAACUAAUCGAGAAACUGCUGGCUCCAACACAAGUGCUGUUCAUGGAUCUACUCAGCUGCCUGCUGAAGAUGUAAUAAACUCUUGUGGCAUAACUGGAUCAACUCCAGUUCUCUCCAGUUUACUUGCUAAUGAGAAACCUGAGAAUUCAGACAUUAGACCACUGGGGUCUCCACCACCAACUUUGCCAGCCUCACCAUCCAAUCAGGUGUCAAAUUUGCCUCCCCCUUUAGUGACACCACCUGGUCAUAUUUUGGAUAAUACCAUGCCUUCUAACGUGACGGCAGUCUCUAGGGUAAAUCAUACUUUUCCUCAGGGUGUGCAGGUAAAUCCUGGAUUCAUUCAGGGUCAGUCAACAGUUAAUCAUGGUUUUGGGACAGGAAAACCUACAAAUCAAACUGUGCCUCUAACAAGUCAGUCUGGUACCAGUGGCCUGUCUGGACCCCAACAGCUAAUGAUUCCUCCAACAUUAGCCCAUCAGAACAGAGAGAGGCCCCUCCUUCUAGAGGAACAGCCUCUGCUUCUGCAGGAUCUUUUGGAUCAAGAGAGGCAAGAACAGCAACAGCAGAGACAGAUGCAAGCCAUGAUUCGCCAGCGGUCAGAACCGUUCUUCCCCAAUAUCGAUUUUGAUGCAAUUACAGAUCCUAUAAUGAAAGCCAAAAUGGUGGCCCUUAAAGGCAUAAAUAAAGUAAUGGCACAAAACAAUAUGGGCAUGCCACCAAUGGUUAUGAACAGGUUCCCCUUUAUGGGCCAGUCGGUGACCGGAACACAGACCAGUGAAGGGCAGAACCUCCUGCCACAGGCGAUGGCUCAGGAUGGCAGUAUAACACAUCAGAUUUCUAGGCCUAAUCCUCCAAAUUUUGGUCCAGGCUUUGUCAAUGAUUCACAACGUAAGCAGUAUGAAGAAUGGCUUCAGGACACCCAGCAGCUUCUUCAGAUGCAGCAGAAAUACCUUGAAGAACAAAUUGGUGCACAUAGAAAAUCUAAGAAGGCCCUUUCAGCUAAACAGCGUACUGCCAAGAAAGCUGGGCGUGAGUUUCCAGAGGAGGACGCGGAGCAGCUCAAGCACGUCACUGAGCAGCAAAGCAUGGUUCAGAAGCAGCUAGAGCAGAUUCGUAAACAGCAGAAAGAGCAUGCCGAGUUGAUUGAAGAUUACCGGAUCAAGCAGCAGCAGCAGCAGCAGCAGCAGCAGUGUGCACUGGCCCCGCCUGCUGUAAUGCCGGGUGUCCAGCCACAGCCUCCCCUAGUUCCAGGUGCCACCCCAUCCACCAUGAGCCAGCCCAGCUUCCCCAUGGUGCCACAGCAGCUACAGCACCAGCAGCACACAGCGGUCAUUUCUGGCCACACUAGCCCUGCUAGAAUGCCCAGUUUACCUGGAUGGCAGCCUCCCAGUGCUCCUGCUCACCUCCCCCUCAAUCCUCCUAGGAUUCAGCCUCCACUUGCCCAAUUACCAAUAAAAACUUGCACAUCAGCCCCAGGGACAGUGUCAAAUGCAAAUCCACAGAGUGGACCACCACCACGGGUGGAAUUUGAUGACAAUAAUCCCUUUAGUGAAAGUUUUCAAGAACGGGAACGUAAGGAACGUUUACGAGAACAGCAGGAAAGACAGCGAAUCCAACUCAUGCAAGAAGUAGAUAGGCAAAGAGCUCUGCAACAGAGGAUGGAAAUGGAGCAACAUGGCAUGAUGGGCUCGGAGCUAGGCAGUAGGACACCUGUGUCCCAGGUUCCAUUCUACACUUCUGACCUGCCUUGUGAUUUUAUGCAACCUCCAAGACCCCUGCAGCAGUCUCCACAACACCAACAGCAAAUAGGGCAGGUUUUACAGCAACAGAAUAUGCAGGCAUCUCUUAAUUCACCCCCCACCCAGACUUUCAUGCAGACCAAUGAGCGAAGGCAGAUAGGACCUCCACCUCCGUCAUUUGUUGCUGAUUCACCAUCAAUUCCUGGUGGAAGCCCAAAUUUCCCUCCUGUUAAGCAGGUCCAUGGAGGUCUUUCUGGGGCCAGCUUCCAGCAGUCCCCGGUGAGGCCUUUUACACCUGCUUUACCUGCAGCACCUCCUGUAGCUAAUAGCAGUCUGCCGUGUAGCCAAGACCCCGCUGUAACCCAUGGACAGAGUUAUCCAGGAUCAACCCAGUCUCUCAUUCAGUUGUAUUCUGAUAUAAUCCCAGAAGAAAAAGGGAAAAAGAAAAGAACGAGAAAGAAGAAGAAAGAUGACGAUACAGAAUCCACCAAGGCACCAUCAACUCCCCAUUCAGAUAUAACUGCUCCCCCGACUCCGAGUAUCUCAGAAACUACCUCCACUCCCACAGUGAACACCCCCAGCGAGCCUCCUCAGCAAGCAGAACCCGAGUCGGUGGAACCGGUUGACCCAUCGACACCUAACAUGGCAGCAGGCCAGCUGUGUACAGGAUUAGAAAAUAAAGUGCCCAAUAGUGAUUUCUCACAAGGAACUCCAAAUCAACAGAGUUAUGCAAAUCCAGAGGUGGAUAAGCUCUCCGUGGAAACGCCUGCCACAACUGAAGAGAUGAAACUGGAGACUUCUGAGCUGGAGCAGUGCCCAGGCCAAGAGGGGCCUAGAUUGGAGGAACAGCCCGGGAACAAGGCUGAAGAGAAAGCUGUGGCCGGUCGUGUCUCCUCAGGGCAGAGUCCUCCCCAUUCAGCUGGGGCCCCUGCCACCAAAGGAGAUUCAGGCAAUGAACUUCUGAAGCAUCUGCUGAAAAAUAAAAAGUCCUCUUCCCUUUUAAAUCAAAAACCUGAAGGCAGUUUUUGUUCCGAAGAUGACUGUACAAAGGAUAACAAACUAGUUGAAAGGCAGAACCCAACUGAAGGAUUGCAAACUUUGGGGGCUCAAAUGCAAGGUGGUUUUGGAUGUGGCAACAACCAGUUGCCAAAAGCAGAUGGAGGAAGCGAAACCAAGAAACAGCGAAGCAAACGGACUCCGAGGACUGGGGAGAAGGCAGCGCCUCGCUCAAAGAAAAGGAAAAAGGAGGAGGAGGAGAAGCAAGCGGUGUAUUCUACCACGGACACCUUCACGCACCUGAGACAGCAGCUCUCUCUGCUCCCUCUAAUGGAACCAAUCAUUGGAGUGAACUUUGCGCACUUUCUUCCUUAUGGCAGUGGCCAAUUUAAUAGUGGGAAUCGACUUCUAGGAACUUUUGGCAGUGCUACCCUUGAAGGGGUUUCGGAUUACUAUUCUCAGUUGAUCUACAAGCAGAAUAAUUUAAGUAAUCCUCCAACACCCCCUGCCUCUCUUCCUCCUACACCACCUCCUAUGGCUUGUCAGAAGAUGGCAAAUGGUUUUGCAACAGCUGAAGAACUUGCUGGAAAAGCUGGAGUUUUAGUGAGCCAUGAAGUUACCAAAAAUCUAGGACCUAAACCAUUUCAGUUGCCCUUCAGACCACAAGACGACUUGUUAGCCAGAGCUAUUGCUCAAGGCCCCAAGACAGUCGACGUUCCAGCUUCCCUUCCAACGCCACCUCAUAAUAAUCAGGAAGAAUUAAGGAUGCAGGAUCACGGUGCUGAUCGGGAUACUCCUGACAGUUUUGUGCCCUCAUCUUCUCCUGAGAGUGUGGUUGGGAUGGAAGUGAGAAGAUACCCAGAUUUGUCAUUGGUCAAAGAGGAGCCUCCAGAGCCUGUGCCAUCUCCCAUCAUUCCCAUUCUUCCCAGCAAUACUGGGAAAGUUUCGGAAUCUAGAAGGAACGACAUCAAAACCGAGCCAGGCACUUUAUUUUUCCCAUCACCUUUUGGUUCAUCCCCGAAUGGUCCCAGAUCCGGUCUUAUCUCUGUCGCAAUCACUCUGCACCCCACUGCCGCUGAGAACAUUAGCAGUGUUGUGGCUGCAUUUUCCGACCUUCUUCACGUCCGAAUUCCUAAUAGCUAUGAGGUUAGUAAUGCUCCAGACAUUCCAUCCAUGGGUUUGGUCAACAGCCACCGAGUAAACCCGGGUGUGGAGUAUCGACAGCAUUUAUUUCUUCGUGGGCCUCCACCAGGAUCUGCAAAACCUCCCAGAUUAGCAAGCUCUUACCGGCUGAAGCAGCCGAAUGUACCAUUUCCUCCAACAAGCAAUGGUCUUUCUGGAUAUAAGGAUUCUGGUCACGGUAUCGCAGAAAGCGCUGCACUCAGACCACAGUGGUGUUGUCACUGCAAAGUGGUUAUUCUUGGAAGUGGCGUGCGGAAAACCUUCAGAGAUCUCGCCUUUGUGAACAAGGAUUCUCGAGAAAGCUCCAAUAGAGUGGAGAAGGACAUUGUCUUCUGUAGUAAUAACUGCUUUUUUCUUUAUUCAUCAACUGCACAAGCAAAAAACUCAGAAAGCAAGGAAUCUGUUCCUUCGUUGCCACAGUCACCUAUAAAAGAAACACCUUCCAAAGCAUUUCAUCAGUACAGUAACAACAUCUCCACUUUAGAUGUGCAUUGUCUCCCGCAGCUCCAGGAAAAAGCUUCUCCCCCGGCAUCACCUCCCAUCACUUUCCCUCCUGCUUUUGAAGCAGCCAAAGUGGAGGCAAAGCCAGAUGAGCUUAAGGUGACAGUCAAGUUAAAGCCUCGGCUAAGAACUGUCCAUGGUGGUUUUGAAGAUUGUAGGCCGAUAAAUAAAAAGUGGAGAGGAAUGAAAUGGAAGAAGUGGAGCAUUCACAUUGUAAUCCCCAAGGGGACAUUCACACCACCCUGUGAGGAUGAAAUAGAUGAAUUUCUGAAGAAGUUAGGCACUUCCCUUAAACCUGAUCCCGUGCCCAAAGACUAUCGGAAGUGUUGCUUUUGUCAUGAAGAAGGUGACGGAUUGACAGAUGGCCCAGCAAGGCUGCUCAACCUUGACUUAGAUCUGUGGGUCCACUUGAAUUGUGCUCUGUGGUCCACGGAGGUGUAUGAGACCCAGGCUGGCGCCUUAAUCAAUGUGGAACUGGCUCUGAGGAGAGGCCUGCAAAUGAAGUGUGUCUUCUGUCAUAAAACGGGCGCCACCAGUGGCUGCCACAGGUUCCGGUGCACCAACAUUUAUCACUUUACUUGCGCCAUUAAAGCACAAUGCAUGUUUUUUAAGGAUAAAACUAUGCUUUGUCCCCUGCACAAACCAAAGGGCAUUCAUGAGCAGGAAUUAAGUUACUUUGCAGUCUUCAGGCGGGUCUAUGUUCAGCGGGAUGAGGUGCGACAGAUUGCUAGCAUCGUGCAGCGCGGGGAGCGUGACCACACCUUUCGUGUUGGAAGCCUCAUCUUCCACACGAUUGGUCAGUUGCUGCCACAACAGAUGCAAGCAUUCCAUUCUUCUAAAGCGCUGUUUCCUGUUGGCUAUGAAGCCAGCCGACUGUACUGGAGCACACGCUAUGCCAACAGGCGCUGUCGCUAUCUGUGCUCCAUCGAGGAGAAGGACGGGCGCCCGCUGUUCGUGAUCAGAAUUGUGGAGCAGGGCCAUGAAGAUCUGGUCUUAAGCGACAGCUCACCCAAAGGUGUUUGGGAUAAAAUUUUGGAGCCUGUGGCAUGUGUGAGAAAGAAAUCUAAAAUGCUCCAGCUUUUCCCAGCAUAUUUGAAAGGAGAAGAUCUGUUUGGCUUGACCGUCUCGGCAGUGGCGCGGAUAGCUGAAUCACUGCCUGGGGUCGAGGCAUGCGAGAACUACACCUUUCGAUAUGGCCGCAAUCCUCUCAUGGAACUUCCUCUCGCCGUUAACCCCACAGGUUGUGCCCGUUCUGAACCUAAAAUGAGUGCCCAUGUCAAGAGGUUUGUGUUAAGGCCUCACACCUUGAACAGCACCAGCACCUCAAAGUCAUUUCAGAGCACAGUCACUGGGGAACUGAACGCACCUUACAGUAAGCAGUUCGUGCACUCCAAGUCAUCGCAGUACCGGAAAAUGAAGACGGAAUGGAAAUCCAAUGUGUAUCUGGCCCGGUCUCGGAUUCAGGGACUGGGCCUGUAUGCUGCUAGAGACAUCGAGAAGCACACCAUGGUCAUUGAAUAUAUUGGGACUAUCAUUCGAAAUGAAGUAGCAAACAGAAAAGAGAAACUUUAUGAGUCUCAGAACCGGGGCGUGUACAUGUUCCGCAUGGACAACGACCACGUGAUCGACGCGACGCUCACGGGAGGGCCUGCGAGAUACAUCAACCAUUCAUGUGCCCCUAAUUGUGUGGCGGAAGUGGUGACUUUUGAGAGAGGACACAAAAUCAUCAUCAGCUCCAAUCGGAGAAUCCAGAAGGGAGAAGAGCUUUGCUAUGACUAUAAGUUUGACUUCGAGGACGACCAGCACAAGAUUCCGUGUCACUGUGGAGCUGUGAACUGCAGGAAGUGGAUGAACUGAAAUGCAUUCCUUGCUGUCUGAGCGGCGGCUUGUCCCUA